AUGGCGACCCCCAACAACCUGACCCCCACCAACUGCAGCUGGUGGCCCAUCUCGGCGCUGGAAAGCGAUGCGGCCAAGCCGGUGGAGGCCCCCGACGCGCCCGAGGCAGCCAGCCCCGCCCAUUGGCCCAAGGAGAGCCUGGUUCUGUACCACUGGACCCAGUCCUUCAGUUCGCAGAAGGUGCGGCUGGUGAUCGCAGAGAAGGGCCUGGUCUGCGAAGAGAGGGAUGUGAGCCUUCCACAGAGCGAGCAUAAGGAGCCCUGGUUCAUGCGGCUCAACCUGGGUGAAGAGGUGCCAGUCAUUAUCCACCGAGACAACAUUAUCAGCGACUACGACCAGAUCAUCGACUACGUGGAACGCACCUUCACAGGAGGUAUGCUAUGCCCCAUAGGUGUGGGCAGGCCCUUGGUGGUAUCCACAGAGCAUGUGGUAGCCUUGAUGCCUGAGGCAGGCAGCCCACAACACGCCCGAGUGCUGCAGUACCGGGAGCUGCUGGAUGCACUGCCCAUGGACGCCUACACACACGGCUGCAUCCUGCACCCGGAGCUCACCACGGAUUCCAUGAUCCCCAAGUAUGCCACGGCCGAGAUCCGCAGACAUUUGGCCAAUGCCACUACAGACCUCAUGAAACUGGACCACGAGGAGGAACCACAGCUCUCUGAGCCCUAUCUUUCCAAGCAGAAGAAACUUAUGGCCAAGAUCCUGGAGCACGAUGAUGUGAGCUACCUGAAGAAGAUCCUUGGGGAGCUGGCUAUGGUGCUUGAUCAGAUUGAGGCAGAGCUGGAGAAGAGGAAACUGGAGAAUGAGGGGCAGAAAUGCGAGCUGUGGCUCUGUGGCUGUGCCUUCACCCUGGCGGAUGUCCUCCUGGGAGCCACCCUGCACCGCCUCAAGUUCCUGGGACUGUCCAAGAAAUAUUGGGAAGAUGGCAGCCGGCCCAACCUGCAGUCCUUCUUUGAGAGGGUCCAGAGACGCUUUGCCUUCCGGAAAGUCCUGGGUGACAUCCACACCACACUGCUGUCAGCUGUUAUCCCCAAUGCGUUCCGACUGGUCAAGCGGAAGCCGCCAUCAUUCUUUGGGGCAUCCUUCCUCAUGGGCUCCUUGGGUGGGAUGGGCUACUUUGCCUACUGGUACCUCAAGAAAAAAUACAUCUAGAGCUGGGCUGGGGCCUGGUGUGUGAUUGGCGGUGUCUCUGUGCUGUGUGCUUCCCAACUCCCUCUCAGUAACUCACUGUCCCAUGAGCUCUGGACAGAAUUUCCUGCCCCUUCUCCCUAGUAAUUCUAUUGUCAGUGUGACAACAUUUCAUAGUUUAGAAGUAGACAUUGCCAACGCCGUGAUUUGAGGCCACGGCUCUACCAGAGGAGAGAGAAAGCAAGAGAAAAGAAACCCGAAUGCCUUUGCUUCUGA